AUGGAAACGCAGAAGAAACUCAUAUUUGCCUUCAUUCGCCAUCUGCGCCGUCAGCCCUCCACUACACCCGAACGCGUUGAUGCCAUCGUGGAGCUUCUCUCGGAGGAGUACGGUGUUGACCCUGCCGGUGUGGGUGGUGCCAACGACACUGGCAUUGAUCUCCUCCAAGCCUUUGAGACGGCACUGCAGCAACAGGCAUCGGGUGCCAACGCUGAGGAUGAGGAGAAGUUCAACGCAUUCCUUCAACUCCUUGAGAAAAAGGGGUACUUCGCCGGUGUAGAGCAAGGCAGUGAGGAAUAUGCUUCCCGUCUUGAGAAGGCCCGUCAGAAGUUUGAGAAACGCAGAAACCCAUACGAGGGACUCUCCGCAGAAGAGAUUAAGGAUAAGGGUAAUGAAUUAAUGGGUAUGGCCAAAUAUAAUGAAGCUAUCGCCGCCUACACUAAAGCCAUUGAAAUAGAACCAUCUAAUCAUGUAUUUUUUGCAAACCGUGCUGCAGCACAUACUCACUUAAAAGAUUACCGCAGUGCUAUUCUUGAUUGUGAGCGUGCAAUUGCAAUUAACCCCAACUACUCUAAGGCUUACUCUCGCCUUGGUACUUCAUUCUUUUAUGAAGGAAACUAUGCUCGGGCAGUAGAUGCCUUUACAAAGGCAUGUGAACUUGAACCCACUAAUGAACGCUACAAGGAAGAUUUAAAACAAGCCGAAGAAAAAAUGAAAUUAAGUGGAAAUGUUACUACAGGUGCUCCUGGUGGUAUGGGAGGAUUCCCUUUUGGUGCAGGAAUGCCUGACUUUUCUCAAAUUUCACAAAUGAUGAGUAAUCCUGGAUUUAUAGAGGCUACCACACGUAUGAUGGAGAACCCACAAUUCAGCCAAAUGGUGGCCAAUAUGGCCUCACAAUUUGGAGGCGCUGGAGCCAAUCCUGAGGAAUUUUCUCAAAUGAUGAGAAGUAUGGCUGCCGGUGGUGGUUUAACCCCAGAUGGGAAUGUACCUACUCCUUUUGGAAAUAUUAACCGUGAGGCAUUGGAGCGACUUCAAGAAGAAGAAGUUCGCCGAAAUCCUAAAUUCCAAUCCAUUAUGGAAGAUGUGCGGCAAAACGGUUUUUCUGCCUUCCAGAAGUACAUUGGUGAUCCGGACGUUAUGGAGCUCAUGCUAAAGUUCCAGAACCUUGUGUUGAAUGGCAACAAUGAACAGUCCUCGUGA